UGCUGCAGCUCCGGGAUCAAACCCUACCGGCUCUACGUUCCUGCAACAGGCAGAGAUGUUCCUGUGCCUUGCACAAGCCUCAGCCCCACAACUCACUGUCUCUCCCACGUCGGCCCCAGCUGCCUCCCCGCCUCUUGCGGGGGCCGGGGCAGGCCCGGGAGGAGGAGCCGUCGCCUCCCCGCUUCUGCUGCCCGUCCCCGCCGGGCGGGUCUGGUGCGUGGCACAAGCUCCAGCAGUCCCGGAGCUUUCUAGAGCUGCCCUCCGCCGGGUCCGGCCCUCAGGCAGCGCUCCCGGUCGGUUUCGGCUCCUGGCUCGGGAUUCAACGGCGGAGUCGCCCCCAUGGUGCUUCAGGCGGUGCUGCUGCCCUGGGCGGUGCUGGCGCUGCUCGGGGCGGAGUGCUGCUGUGCCUCAGAGCAAGAAGGAAACCUGCUGGUCCUUACUGUUGCCACCAAGCAGACUGAGGGGUUCCAGCGCUUCAGAAGAUCAGCCCAGUUCUUCAACUACAAAGUCCAGGUGCUGGGGCUGGAUGAGGAAUGGCAGGGAGGAGAUGACCAGAAGCCAGCAGGAGGUGGGCAGAAGGUCCGUCUCUUGAAGUCAGCUUUGAAGCAGUAUGCAGAUAAGAAAGACGUAAUCAUCCUUUUUGUAGAAAGCUAUGAUGUCCUCUUUGCUUCGGGCCCUACAGAACUGCUGAAGAAGUUCAAACAAGCCAAAAGCAAGGUGGUCUUCUCAGCAGAGAACUACAUCUAUCCCGACAGAAAGCUGGAAGCCAAGUACCCUCAGGUGCGAGAUGGAAAGCGCUUCCUGGGUUCUGGAGGCUUCAUAGGUUAUGCUCCACACCUGAAGAAGCUUGUGGAGGAGUGGAAAGGACGAGAUGAUGACAGCGACCAGCUCUUCUAUACAAACGUCUUCUUGGAUCCAGAGAAAAGAGCAAGUAUCAACAUCAGUCUAGACCAAAGAAGCCGGAUCUUCCAAAACCUCAAUGGAGCAUUAGAUGAGGUGGUUCUGAAGUUUGAAAACUCACGAGUGAGAGCAAGAAACUUGUUAUAUGACACUCUGCCUGUGGUGAUUCAUGGAAAUGGACCCACGAAGCUGCAGCUGAACUACCUGGGGAACUACAUCCCUCAGAUAUGGACGUUCGAGACUGGCUGCACUGUGUGUGAUGAAGGUCUGCGAAGCCUCACAGGGUUUAAGGAUGAGGCAUUGCCCUUGAUCGUGAUUGGCAUUUUCAUCGAGCAGCCCACCCCAUUCCUCUCCCAGUUUUUCUUGCGGCUUCGUAACCUUCAUUACCCAAAGCAACGAAUCCAGCUCUUCAUUCACAACCACGAGGAGCAUCACUGGAAGGAUGUGGACUCUUUUGUUGAGGAGCAUAGCAAAGAAUAUCUCUCUGUCAAAGUGAUUGGACCAUAUGAUGAGGUGGAGAAUGCUGAGGCGCGCAACUUGGGGAUGGAUUUGUGCAGAAAGGAUCCUGACUGUGAGUAUUACUUUAGCCUGGAUGCUGAGAUAGUUCUGAAGAACACAGAGACUCUGAGGAUCCUCAUUGAACAGAACAAGCUGGUGAUUGCCCCCCUGGUGAGCCGUCACGAGAAGCUGUGGUCAAAUUUCUGGGGAGCACUGAGCCCUGAUGGAUACUACGCCCGCUCGGAAGACUACGUGGAUAUUGUUCAGAGGCGCAGGGUAGGGCUUUGGAACGUUCCCUAUGUCAGCAGCGUUUACAUGGUUAAAGCUAAGGCUCUGCGAGUGGAGCUUGACCAGGCAGACCUGUUCCACAGUGGCAAGCUGGAUGCUGACAUGGCUUUCUGCCACAACGUUCGCAAUCAGGGAGUCUUUAUGUACCUUACAAAUAGGCAUCAGUUUGGACACAUACUGUCCCUGGAGAACUACCAGACAACUCAUCUCCACAACGACCUCUGGCAAAUAUUCAGCAAUCCUGAGGACUGGAGAGAAAAGUACAUCCACGAAAACUACACAGCAGCUCUGAAAGGGAAAUUGGUAGAAAUGCCCUGCCCAGAUGUUUACUGGUUCCCCAUAUUCACUGACACUGCCUGUGAUCAGCUGGUGGAAGAAAUGGAACAUUAUGGCCAGUGGUCCACAGGUGACAACACGGACAGCAGAAUACAAGGAGGAUAUGAGAAUGUCCCAACUAUUGACAUACACAUGAACCAAAUUGGCUUUGAAAGGGAGUGGUAUAAGUUUCUUCUGGACUACAUUGCGCCCAUCACAGAGAAACUGUACCCAGGAUACUAUACCAAGACUCAGUUUGAGCUAGCCUUUGUAGUUCGCUACAAACCUGACGAGCAGCCCUCCUUAAUGCCCCAUCACGAUGCUUCCACCUUUACCAUAAACAUCGCUUUGAACCGAGUUGGAAUAGACUACGAGGGAGGAGGCUGCCGGUUCCUGCGCUACAAUUGCUCCAUUCGAGCUCCUCGGAAGGGGUGGACCCUGAUGCACCCAGGCCGCCUGACCCACUAUCACGAAGGUCUUCCAACCACCAAGGGAACCCGUUACAUUGCAGUGUCCUUUCUUGACCCUUAGAGCCGUGCAUCACAGCAAGGACCUUUCCCUGGCCCUUCUCACUGCUGACUUGGAGUGGAAACAGGGAAUGCUGCUGAGAGUUUCUAAGGCAUUAAUCAAAGCUAUUUGGAUAUUGAUUUUUAUCAAUAUUUUAAGAUUCCACCACUGGAAGAUCUCCCUCUCUGAUACUGCAGAUAACAUCUAGGGACAUUCUGUAGAAUUCGGAAGGAGAUUUUGUGCCUUCAUUUUUGAUUCUGCUCCUCAUCCAAAGGUUCUUGGAAAUGUGAUUUACUUGAACCAUCACUGAUUGGUUUGCCUUACAAAAACACUUUCCUAGACUGGAAAUCCAACUUUUUGGAGGCAAGUCACGAGCUCUCUCUCCAAGUAGCUGGAGAUUUCAUCCCACUUGCAUCCACAGCAUAUACGGGACUGAACAUUAGACAAUAAUUCCUGGAAACUAUUCCAAAUACAGAGCGAUCAGGGAGCUGGCUCCAGGAGUCACAACACUUAAAUAUCUUACCAGAUGAAACUUGAUUAUAGAGCCUGAAGAUCUUCUGAUUUCUUACCUCCUUGCAGUCCUUGGAAGCAUAUCACAAAGUUCCAAGCAGCAGCAGUGGCAAUGUAGGUGCUUCCAGUUAGCUAAAGGAAGGUGGGUUGGUGGCAUUUCACUUCUGGGGUUAGACUGAGGUCUGUUAGCGCAGCAGAGAGGAGCAUGCAUGCCCAGGCUGGAUCAGACCCUCUUGGUAUGUGUAAAACUGAGAAAGGGAAGGCUGAGAACAGCUUGAUGAGUCAGGGCUUUGCUGCUGAAUUGUCUCUGUUCUAUCGCACCUGAGAUUGUCAAAACCUCUAAGCAGAGGUCCUAAUGGUCUUCGGUGGCCUCAUUCCAGUCUCAGACAUUUAAAAGAUAAUCUUCUUUGCAUUUAAUUUGAAGAGGCCAUCAAAGAGCUUUCUUGGGUACUUAGGAUAAAUAAUUAUUCAGUGUUUCUAUUAUGUGAGAUGCCAAAGCAAAACACUCCACUCCAGACACUUUCCAAUGGGGUUGGGACUGAUAGAAAGGAGUGGUUGGAAAGUGGAUUGUGAUUGAACUGGUAGCUGUAAAAGUCUGUGUUGCCUAGACCAGACCCGGGUUGGAGAGGCAAAGGGAAGAAAGCCUUUCUGUGAGUGCCUGGGAGGUACCUGCUUGCUUACCAGAUGCCCUUCUGCUCCGGCUGUGCCAGACCAGUACAUUUUACAAGCAGUACAUUCACAUCGUGGUUGUAAAAACUCCUUCUCUUAGUUCUGUCUCCAGUUUCUGCUGUCUGACAAGUGCAGAGCUCUUUAUCCAGGAUGGGUGGCAGGGAUGUGGGCAGGAGAGCUUUAGAUGUGCCAGUGUUGGCAAGGUGCUCUGUACACUUUGAACACCCCGGGGGAAGGUCACACAGACCUUUCCUCCACUGCUUUCCUUGCACUUUUUAGGUCUAUUUCAAGGCUACAUACUCAUAGGUGCCCAAGGGAAGAAAAUCCAGGCAGGGACAAUCAGUUUGAAAAGUAAACCAAUACUCAAUCUUGUUAACUGAAACCCAGAAGCAUCUGUUACCUAGGGAAGGGACUAGAUAGGCCCAUCUCCGAUGUCAAAAAGGUGUAUUUAUUCAGCUGCUUUGGUGUUUGUCACUUAGGUUGUUGCAUUUGCCCCGUGCCUAGUGCGGUGCUUGGCGUUAAGGAGGAGCCUCUCACACGAGGGGGGCAGGAGCUGUACGCUCACUCGCAUUAAAGCCUUACCCCACCGUGA